CGCAUGCUUGCUCUUUUUCUUCGAGGAUUGGGCGCUGUCGGUGUCAACUGUGGCCCCCUACGCCCUAUUCUGAAUGCUUUCACAAUAUCUCCUUCACCUCCGAUCCUGGCAUUCGAUUAUUUCGCACCUUUGCCGACCUGGUCUUCACGACACACAACUACCCCACCAAUACCUACACACUUUCUCAACGCGAGCGACCACAGUAUAGCGAACGCACAAAGAUAGCACCGCUGGCCGGUCUUUCAUUCUACAAUGUCUACUCCGAAUACCCCACCUUGUAUUAGCCAAAUCCUAUCCGCAGUUAUCCUUAACCCCGUCAAUACCUUACAGACUGCCGCCAUGUCGCAAAUCGAAGAGAUCGCAGAGCUCAAACGCCUCAAUCAGGAGCUUAGGGCCGAGAAGGAAGCAGCAGUGAAGCGAGCAGCAAGGCGCCAUAAGGACAUGAUGCACGCCAACCGCCGCGCCGAGCGCGCAGAACAAGCACUUAGGAACGAAGCGUUGGAAAGGCAAGACGACAAGACGAAGGCCUCUACCCUUUUCUGCAGCUACAAGGAGACCAUCAAGUAUCUGGAGUUGGGCGUCGCGCAAGCGCAAUGUUCUGGACUUUAUGACGAGCGAUUCCAGGCGAUGCAAACCGCCAACGCUGGACUGGAAGCUGCACUCGCUCAACAGAAGGAAGCCACGGCCCAUUUGCAGACAAGUGCGGAAGAGACUGUCCAAAAGCUACAGGUCAAGUUUGAAGCAGAUAAGACGCAAACCAGGAAGCAAGCUGACCAGGACUGUGAGAAGCGUCUCGCAGAGAUGAAGAAGCAGAUGAGUGAAGUAUUUUCACGUAAAUCUCAGGCGGCUAUGGAGAAAAUCCAGACGGCACAACAAUCAAGUCAAGCAGAGAACGAGAGCCUGAAGCAGCAGCUUCAACAAGCGUUGCAAAUGGUGGAAUGGCACAAGACGCAAGCUCAACAGCAGACAGCGCAGCGUGGAGGCCUUCAGGGCUCACAGAUGGCCGCAGGCAUCCAUGCCGGUUUUCCUUUGCCCCGACAGAGUCCUGUGCAGGUCAAGGAAGCGCCAAACAAGCGCAGAAGGCUGGAUUCCAUGGGCAAUUCUGGUGUUCCUACGCCAGACCGGCAGCGAAGCCGUGAGAACUCGAUGGGCUCGAGUGCCCCAGCUACCACGCCCAAGAGAAAGGCACCAGGCACAUCUAGAGAGCAUGCACAGUCUUCACAGCAACCUGUGACCCCUACUCGCCAGAGCACAACAUCCCGCCAGCAUCAGCACUUGAACACACACGCAAGCCCUCUUCAGCCCUUCCAACAGCCCCAGUCUCCAGCACAGGCAUCACUCUUGCAUACUCAAAGCGCUCUUCGACGUCAACAGCUCUUCCAGAAGUUCUUCCAGCAGUUGAACGCUAGCAGGGUGAAGGCUAAGUACCCUCAGCUUAGCCCCCAAGAAGCAUUGCCCGCCUUCAACAACUUUAUGGCUCGAGCAGCCAAUCAACAACCGUCGAGCCCAAUGCCCAGUCAUGACGGCCAUCAACCCACGCUGCAGCAAUUUGUAUCUAUGGGUCGAACUCUCAGCCAAGAAACGGGCACACAAGCUGAACUUCGGUCGCCAUUCUUACCAGUAUCCCCGCCGUUUGGGCAACAAACGUUCGCAUCUUUUACUGUGCAAUCGCCAUUAUCAAAUCGGAAAAUUGGGUCCGUGUCUGUACAACAGAUCCAAUCGUCACACGAGCAGCCGCAGGUACAACGUGAAACUCGCCAGGGAAAUUUGCCGUCGCCUGCGAUAUCAAGUCAAGGUCUGGACAGCUUGAUGCCUACCUUGACGGCUGGUCACAACGCAGACUCGUCCGCCAUGUUCUUCAACGACGCAGUUCGCACCCAGGCAACACCGCAACAGACAAACUCCGGAGCUGAAGACAUGGACCUUGCAGCCCAGCUGUCAUCGCAGCUUCAAGAUGCAGGCAUGUAUCCGUCACCCGAAGAUUCUGAGGGCGCUCGAGUUAUGGGUGGUUCUAGUGACCAAGCACAAGUCCACGAUUGGACAUCACCAACGCCAAAGCACGAGGGCCAGUCUUACAGCGUGGGCAGCGGACGGCCUUCUUUCGGCAACAUCAACUUCCAGAAUUUUGGGAGCAACUUCAGCCUCGACGGUUUCCCGGCAACUACUGGCGCCUCGUUCCCUCCAAAAGCUUUUGCGCAGACGAGUGAAGAGCUCUCGAAUGGAUGGAACCACCUGCAGGCCCACAGAAACGUGCCACAACAAGCACCUCUGCAACACGCCAUCAAUCCAGCUUUACUCUUCAACAGUGAUACCCAAGGUCCAAUUGGAGACUUGUUCGACGCGCAGGGCCCGAGCAACAGUCAGCCUACCUUUCACCAGCGCCUGUCCAGCGAAGCACCCACCAUGCCCAAUCUUGCUUCAAGCCAGCCCGCUCCAAAUCACCCGCCUACAUCACGCAAGCGCCCGGCGCCACCAUCAUCAGGACGCUCGACCCCCGCUCCUUCCGCACGCUCGACUCCCGCACCAUCCGGCUCACCUCUCGCUGUCUGUCUGCACUGCCACGAGAACUGGUGGAACGAAACCUGCGACGCCAGAGAACCGUGCCUGAACUGCAUCGGGUCACAAAAGGCUUGCGAGCGCCCGAGGUGUCUGAGUUUUACAAUGGGUACGUGUACGAGCGCACGGUGUCCGAGGGUGCAUGAGGGGGAGAUGCGAUACGGGAACACCAUCUUCAAGCCCAAAACAUUGAAGAGGAUUGGGAAGAAGGAUGAGCGAAAGCCGAGUCCGAGUGAGUUGGCUCGCCAGCAGGGGUAGGCUGGGCAUGGGACCGGGCGAGUGAGACAAGAGCAUGAAUAUGGGGAGGAACCAUCGCAUGCACACAAGGAAA